AUGGGGUGCAAGAACAUGAUUUUGUUGGUGCUAAUAGCAACUUUGAUCACAAAAGAGGUUUUAGCAACACAACAUGUUGUUGGUGGAAACCAAGGUUGGGAUCCAUCCUCAGAUUUUGAUUCAUGGAGUUCAAGCCAAACAUUCAAAGUUGGAGAUCAACUUGUUUUCAAAUACUCUUCAAUGCAUAGUGUGGUUGAACUAGGCAAUGAAAGUGCCUACACAAAAUGUGAUAUUAGCACCUCCCUAAACUCCUUAAGCAGUGGAAAAGAUGUUGUGAAAUUGGACAAACCAGGUACAAGGUACUUCACAUGUGGUACUUUAGGACAUUGUGGUCAAGGCAUGAAGGUGAAGAUCAAAAUUGUGAAAGGGAAUGGAUCUUCUUCCUCUGUAUCAUCACCGUCGUCGUCGCCAUCGUCGUCUUCUACUUCUAGUGAUGCAUCUUCAGCUUCACAUUACUUUGCAUCUCUUGUGCUCAUUGUGACAAUAUCUUUUGUCACAAUGAUUUCUUUGUUUUAA